GUGUGAAUCACUCUACAGCAAGGUGCUAUGGAGGGAGGCUGCUCGUACUGAGUAGAGUGUACAGCCGGACAUACUACAUGCUGUAGACGUUAGCUUGCUACCCUAAUCCCUAGCCGCCAGUGUGGAUUGGAGUUUUCUAACAUACUGGAUAUAGGAUUGAUAUAUCAUUGGAGUGAAUUGUGAAUUUUUUUACUUACGGCUCAUUCACGGACGUAUGUCAUUGACUCUGCCUACACAGUGGACUACACAGUUGCAGACCUUCGUAUUUUAUUGGACUAACUGGAUUUUUUUUCACGGAAAGGGCGUCGGUGUUCAGUGUACUAAUGCUAAUUUUUUGGACAGUAAGUUGACCGGCUAUUUGGAAUAGGGCCCAGUUCUCAGGGGAGACACGCCCACACUUUCCCGCCUUUUGUGCUGUACUUUCAGGAAGGAAAAGGUACAAUGUCUAAAGCUUUGUGUGCUACUGUAUUGCUAGCCGCAGUGCUAGCAUUGGUUGAUCAAACAGUUUCUCAGGCUACUACCCCAAUUGUGGCUACAACUGGUCAUGUUGACAAUGAUACUCAGAAGGAAGAAUGUACAAGAGUUGCCAAACCAUGUGUCAAUGGCUUGCUUCUCCCAGCGUGGAAACCCAUCGGGAAUCUCAGUGCAGGGGAUAAAGCUGCUAGGGCGAUCGUCUAUAUGGCUGGCAUGGUCUUCAUGUUCCUUGGGGUGUCCAUUAUCGCAGACCGGUUCAUGGCAGCUAUUGAAGUCAUCACUUCAAAAGAAAAGGAAAUCACAGUAAAAAAACCAAAUGGUGAAACCACUACAGUCCAUGUCAGAAUCUGGAAUGAAACCGUCUCUAAUUUGACUCUGAUGGCUCUUGGCUCGUCUGCCCCUGAAAUUCUGCUCUCGGUUAUUGAGAUAUGUGGCAAUAAAUUUGAAGCUGGUGACCUAGGUCCAAGUACCAUUGUUGGAAGCGCCGCUUUUAACCUGUUUGUCAUCAUUGCCAUUUGUGUGCAUGUGAUCCCUGACGGAGAGGUGCGGCGUAUCAAACAUUUGCGCGUGUUCUUCAUCACUGCAUCAUGGAGUAUCUUUGCCUAUCUCUGGCUCUAUCUCAUCAUUGCUGUCUCCUCCAAGGGUGUUGUGGAAAUCUGGGAAGCACUCUUAACAUUCUUGUUUUUCCCGGCCACAGUCAUCACUGCAUAUAUUGCAGACAGGAAGAUCUUCUUCCACAAUUUCCUCUCAAAGAAGUACCGUGCAAGUCGCUCCAAAAAGGUUGUGGUCACAUCUGAGGGAGAUGUGGAGAUGGACGGGAAGGCUAACCAUUAUGGAGAUGAGGUGGAGUUCAAGGGUGCUGACGGAGGAGGAGAUGCCGAAAUGCAGGAGUUUGAAAAGCAUCGUAAAGAAUACAUCGAUAUCCUCCGCGAACUAAGGAAGAAACAUCCCAACAUCGACAUGAAGACCUUAGAGGAGAUGGCCGAAUAUGAAGUCAUGAACAGAGGUCCUAAGAGCAGAGCAUUCUACCGAAUCCAAGCAACGCGUAAACUGACUGGUGGUGGGAACGUUAUCAAGAAGUCAAAGAUUGAGAGACGUAACAGCGAACAAGACGUCAAAGUCGACCUUGUGGAUGAUGACAUCCAGAGAAUAUUUUUUGACCCUGGCCACUACACUGUCAUGGAGAAUGUUGGUACAUUCCAUCUCACCGUGACUCGUUCUGGAGGGGAUACGAACAACACCAUCUACGUUGACUACAAAACAGAGGAUGGAAGUGCAAAUCAUGGUUCUGAUUAUGAAUAUGCGGAAGGAACAUUAAUCUUCAUGCCUGGAGAAAUGCAUAAGCAGUUCCCUGUCUCUGUCAUUGACGAUGAUAUUUUUGAAGAAGAUGAACAUUUCUAUGUGCGGUUGAGCAACAUUCGUGUCGGUGAUCCCAAUGGCCUGUUUACCAAUGACAGUGAAGUCAAGGUCCAAUUGGCUAACCCAUCACUGGCGACGGUCAUGAUUCUCGAUGAUGAUCACGCUGGAAUAUUCCACUUCGAACAAAAAGCAACCGAGGUUGUAGAAUCCAUUGGAGAUGCCGAGAUCAAGGUUGUCCGUUCAUCAGGUGCACGUGGUCGCGUGGCGGUCCCUUACCACACCCGUGAUGGCACUGCUGUUGGUGGAAAGGACUUCGAGAUAACAACUGGUGAAGUGAUCUUUGAGAACGAUGAAACUGAACAAAUUAUUAAGAUCCGUAUCAUAGAUGAUGAAGAAUACGAAAAGAAGGAGACAUUUUCGAUUGAACUUGGGGAUCCACGCCUGGUCAGGAGAGGAUCAAUCACCGGUGAAAAUCUCUUUUGCGGAACUGUUGACUCUGGAUCUGGUGGUGAAGGUGAUACAGAGAAGGGAUGGCUGAGCAAAAAGGAUGAGGAUGAAGACUCUGGCGCCCACGACGUCCACGCCAAGGUUAAUUCCGGCGAGCCUCUCACCGAAGAAGAGCGAUUAGCAGAGCUCGGCAAGCCAAUUCUUGGCGACACAACCCGUAUAGAAGUGGCCAUCAGAGAGAGCAUGGAGUUCAAGAGUACUGUGGAUAAAUUAUUGAAGAAGGCCAACUUGUCCCUUGUGGUGGGCACGUCAUCUUGGAGAGAACAGUUUGUUGAGGCCAUCUCCGUCAGUGCAGGUAGUGAUGAUGAUGAAGAUGAAGAUGAAGAAAAGCUACCAUCCUGCAUGGACUAUGUCAUGCACUUCCUUACCAUCUUCUGGAAGGUGCUCUUUGCUUGUGUCCCACCCACAGAUUACUGGAGUGGCUGGGCCUGUUUUGUCGUUUCCAUUUCGAUGAUUGGUUUGCUGACAGCCGUUAUCGGAGACUUGGCAUCAAGCUUCGGUUGCACAGUAGGCAUGAAGGACUCCGUGACAGCUAUCACAUUUGUGGCCUUAGGAACUAGUGUACCAGAUACAUUCGCCAGUAAAGUGGCCGCAGUGGGUGACGCAUAUGCUGACUCGUCGAUUGGUAAUGUGACGGGAAGUAACGCGGUCAACGUUUUUCUGGGCAUCGGAGUAGCAUGGCUGAUUGCAGCAGUGUAUCAUGCCAUUGAUGGCACACCUUUCAAUGUUCCACCUGGUUCUCUCGGCUUCUCUGUAACUGUUUAUGUCAUUUCUGCCGUUGUUGCAAUAACACUAAUGAUGAUAAGAAGGCAUAAGUGUAUUGGUGGAGAAUUAGGCGGGCCAAAGUUGAUGAAGAUAUUUACUGUCAUAUUUUUGUUCGGGUUAUGGGUUUUGUACGUGGUAAUAUCUAGUCUGGAGACUUACUGUUGGAUCAAAGGGUUCUAAAGCAUUAAAGUGGUUAACAUAAGCUUGGCUACUGCCUGCCUGUAAUUUGUGCAAUGUUUUGCCAAUGCACGUGCAUGCACGGAUCCUCACAUAUGGAUUGCGUACUAUUAUUGAAAGAUACUGAAGAGUUGGAGAAAACGUUUCGCAUCUUAAGGAAUCAAACCUCUCUGAUCGAUUUUCUCUUCAAAGUGUUGGAAUAGUAUGCCACACAUGUCCGAAUCACAGAAUUUAAAAAAUAUUUAUCGAAAUGCCAUAGGCACAUGCGUAUAUUUAUAAUAACUUCAAUAUUUUAAACACAUUUUCCUCAAGUGUUUGUAAAGCAGUUUUCUUUCUAACUUAUUUUACAUGGUUGGCAACUAUAGCUUAGAGUGAUAAAAUUGGACUUACUGUUGCUCCAAUGGAAACUGGCUCCGACUAGUUAUGAUUCUGAUAUAUCACGUAGGGUUGGGUAAAGAGACAUGGCGGUGUCAUAUUUCAAAUAUUUAAAAAAGGAAUAAAUCAGUAAUUGACAAUUCCUUUUCGAAAUAUUUGAAAAAUAAUAUAUCAAUAUAUGUUAGUACAAUACGAUUCACGGUUUUUACCCGCAAUAUUCUUUUUUUUCAUUAUUAACAAGUUAUUGUACCAUAUUCAGAGAUACAACAUCUCAUUUAUCAAUCUUAGAGAACUUCUUCUUUCUUCUAUCACACGUAUUGCAUCAUGGACGGUGGAUAUUGGUAUCAAGGUUCUCCCUCAACCCAUUUAUGAGUGGCUCUUACUCUGUCUUUCAAACCUUCAUUUCUUCUUUUCAUUUCAUUACUUUCAUUUCUUCAUUUCAAAACAAAACAGCAUGCUAUUCAAAGUGGGACGUGGAAUUCAAAACUAUUAUCAUUAUGUAGGGUGUGGUCGAGAACUUGAAGCUCAGGGUCCACAAGAUGUGCCUUUGCCUACCUCCUGAGUCAGCAAGUUCUAGUGUUUUAAUGGGCCUUUAAGAAACUAAAAUUGAACGCUGACUAAUCCUCUCGAUCAAAGGAAAAUCAAACAUAGGGAGGUCCUUCAAGAAUGUCAAUACAUCGUUGAUAGAUUAAGAUUCAAUAUUGCAAAACGAAUAUCCUCAAUCUUGGGGAAAAUUGGGAACCAAGAUAGACAUUAUGGCCGAUUAUUUAUUUGCAGAAUUUUAUUUCUUUUAAAGUAACCAAUAAGUCUGUAUAUAUGUUGAUCAACUUCACCAUGUUGUGAUGUAGAAUGUAGAUAUAUUUAUUUCAAAUCUUAAAUACAAUGUUGCACGUUAUUUAUCACUUUAACUAUCCGCGACUAUCUAACCAUCUAAGAACUCCAGCAUGUCCUGUUGGUCAGAAAAUUAUAAGUGCUCUCUCAAUUUUUUGACGGACUAUAUCAAGGCACUGCAAUCUUGUAAGUUUUAUCAGUUUGUCAGUUUCCGUUGACAGUUUUAAACUUGGAAUAUAUGAGAUUUUGUUAAAACUGAAAGUGAAAAACAAAAAAACGUCCUUUGAUAUCCUCGAAAAGAACAUUUCUUAUUUAUUUUCUUAGCACAUCUCCAUCGAAUUUAUCUCUAAAGGGCAAUAUAAACUAUUCAGUGUUACAGUGUUCGCAGGCUGUUCGAAAAUGUCCUCCAACCAAAUAGAUUGCAGCUGAGGGUUUAUUUAUGCUUAGGUUUGAUUAUGAUGGAUGAUGACAAACUGUCAUAUACUUUUAAUAGCACGUUCAGAAACAAACGUUUGUUUAUAUUGCUGGUUAGUGAAGAGUAUUUCUUGGGGGCAUUCAUUAAAAAUACUUUGGAAAUAACAAUAAGAAGCAAUCUGGUUGAUGGGAAAAUGUUUUGGUACACCCUGUGAAUGUAAUAAAGAAUACAAUCGAGUUACAUAGUUAUGGAUACUCUCCACCCUGGCACCAUAGCAAGGUCUUUAUUGAGAGAAUAUUUUUAUCUUAUUAUUGCGAAAAUUGUACAUGUUUUGAUGACUUGUUGCAUUUAUUCUGUUAUUCUUUUGGUUUUAAACUCUGGUUUAUUCAUCAGGGCGUUGUGGGAGAAGGGUGGAUCAGAAAGACUCAUUGUUUCUGCAUAAUACUUCGGGAGAUGGCUUUGCUCAAGAACAGCAUUUAACUUCUAUGUCUCCUUAAUUUAGUUAGACAUGUUUAAAAUGACAUUAUCCCUUCAUUCUGGUUGUGACUUCGUCCUUUAAGGACAGUUUAGGGGUUGAAUGGAAAUUAUUAUUAAAACACCACAGAAUCACCGUUCGUGCAAUACAGCAAUGAUCAGAAUGAUUCUUUUAUUUCUUUUCUUUAAACAAUCAUCAUUUCAGCUAGGCCUGUUGUUGAAGAAACGGGUAGUAGUUUAAUAAAUUUUCACAGACCGCAAAAAACGCUUUUGUGAAACAUUUGUAUGAGGAGGAUAAGGGCCCUUUAAAUGUGCCAGUACUUUUAGCAAAAGUAGCCUGCCCACUUUCGACUCGUGGCUGUGAAUAAAACCACCAACUGCUAAGGAAUGUAUACAUGAUUUUGAAUCAGAUCAGAUUUAGCCAAAUCUUUCUCAUCCCAUGAUGGAUGGACCAGAGUAAAAUCGGCUCAUUUUCUUUUUUUAUAUGUUGAACCUUUCUUGUUUUCUCAAAUGAAGAUGUACAUAGUGUACAAUUAAUAUAAUGUUUGUUGAAGUAAUUGUUAAUUUUAUUGCUCGCAUAAGGAAACCACUCCCCUAAUGCUUGACACAGAGAACACCACAGCUGAAUAGUAUUUGCGCCGAAAGACCAUGACCUUUAGCAUCCCUUUCGUGGUAUUUUCCUGAGGCAGUACUCGUUCUGUCGUGACCUUUGUUCAGGUCAAGGUUAUGAAGGGUCGUCUGCCCAAGUCCAUGUAAUAUCUGCCGACUCGUAGGUGCAUAGCCAGAGCGGGUGAUUGGAUGUGCGGAUGUGGGGGAAAUCGUGUUGUAUUUCUGGCAAACGGUCCCACCCCUUGGUCUGGAGAUCCUAUGUACGCCUAAGCACAAAAAGUCUAUACCUCAGUCAACUUGAAAUAAAACAUUAAAGCAAUGUUAAAACAAAGUCAAGGCCAUUGUAGAUGAUGCAGAAUCUUGACAAUAUGUCUUACCAUCUCUUGUCUCGCCUUUACCUAUUGUUAGUGUCUUUGCGGCUAAGGGCUAUGGCAUAUAGGGGACGUGGUUUGCUUAGCAUUGUACUUCAUGUAUAUAGCUCCUUUUAUACCAUUUAGAUGCCAUCGGACAACAUUUUCACUAUAGGUAGUUAGUUAGGAUGUAGGAUUGGGGAAAAUAGAAAUCUAUAGUUUCAUUUGGCUGGAGGGAGGACGACAGUUCUAUUUGGAAUAAAAGAUUCAUGGCUUAAAACCGGCGGUAUUUUUUAAAUGUUCAUGAUAUUUCAUUCUGUUCGAUAUUUUGAUUUGAAAAUUUAUGCCUCCGGUUACACCAGUGAAUAAAUGGUUUUGCAAGUUCUAAAUGUUUAACUUGAAUUGUGAUUGUGCAAGGAAUGCGGGGUCAUGUCAUUCAAUUCAUUUGCCUGGAUACUUUGAUACUACCAAGUGAAUGGCUGAGUAAUGCAAGGACUGGUUGAUGUCUCGUGGCAGUAUAGCCUUGCUACAGGUAAAGUACAUAGUGUCUUACCGAGGCCAAAUGCCGAUGGGUUAGUGUAGACUUUAAACCUAUAGGCAGCUGGCACUGCGUACUCCUCUUCGAUGCUUGAACAUCUUAAAGGGACAACCUGGUUUGAUAAGGUGUUUGGUGGAUAAUACACCGCCAUAUGUACCGUGACGCUAUUUAUGCUGAUCUUUAACAAAUCAAUUUCGCUAGUUUUGACAUGACUUGCGAGUUGUUGGCAGGUCUACUGGUACAUCUAGUGCACUGGUUAUUGCAAAGUUUUCAGUGAUCCUGUUGGAGAAGUCUAGGUUCUGCUGAAAGCCGUUUUAUAAAAAACCAACGCCAUGCUUGUCCAUUUAAGACAAUCUUUAGGAGAUUUGGAAGAAAAAAAACCAUGAAGACGGCAUUCUCUUGUUUACAAAACUGCUGAACUAAAUGUUAAGUGUGAUAAUGAUUUUGGAAGUGUUUGUUGUUGAUAGAUAUUUAACCCUUUGAUGCAUAGUGUUAUCGUGGUUAUGAUAAGAAUAACCAAAACAAAUGUGGCCGCCAGCGUUGCUCCUUACACACACACAAGUAAGGUCUUGUCGCUGGAACCUUUUCGCGAGGUCUCUGGAAAUGAAAAUAGACAUCAAGGGACAGUGGCUUUCCCAAGACAACUCCUUCCUUAAAGGGUUAACUAGUAUUGUUAGUAUGAUUACCAUGGCAACCUCGGUCAGAUGGCAUGUAAAUACGUAGCAUAGUGUGAGGAACGCGUUUCUAACUCAAACGUCGGCAAUUACCUGAAAAAAAAUUAAUUCAUAAAGAAAUCAGGAUCUUUCGGGUAAUUUGUGUGACCUUUUCUUCUUUAUUUUGCUAAUUUUGCUAAUGCUUAAUACUUGUGCAUGAAACUUGCCACUGUGCGUAGUGGAGAAAGACACUUAGUUUCUAGCAAAACGUGCAUUUUAUGGUGAUUUCGACUAUUCAUGAUGCGUCAGAUUGUGGCUUCAGCGCCUCAUAUAAUAUAUACACACUCUUAGAAUUUAAGAUUUGAAAAACAAAAAACCUUGAUUGGUUAUUCUUGGCCACAACAAAUAUGCACCUCUCGCUGAGAGGUUUUCAGCGAAGUGAUUAACCCUAAGAGGUUGUUCACAAUCUCAAAAACCAUUUGGGUUUUUCAUUUUACCAAAGAACUCUAUACAUGCUUCCCGAAAUCAGUGGCUUGCAUUGGAACUAACUUUUUCCCCCUUGUCCGUCAUUAAAGGCAUUCAAGUGUGUUGGUCAACCAUGACUAUCUCCUUUGUCCCUCCACCAUAAGGCCUAGUUUCCCCUUAUGACAUCACUAUUUCGGACACUCAGCGCCCCAUUUCUGGAAAGGUGUAUAUUUUUUGUUAGCCGAAAACCUUGAAUGGUUAGUUUCAAAUGAUAAACCUUGAUUUCUAAAAGUGUAGGUGUACAUCAAAAGAAGACCACUUCAGUUCGUAUCAUCCUUGUGUCAUUCAUCACUAUGAUUGCCUUUAUCAUUCAAGCUGCAGUCAUCACUGCUUCACACAGCAUCAUGCUGUAUCUGCUGUAUAUUCAUCAUUUUAAUAAACUCUGUACAGUUAUUGUAAAGUUAGUGGCCACUAAAGUUAGUCUCCUCAUCCUUACCAGUUGACAUUGACCCUUUGUAUUCGGAUAUUUCAUAGGGUAGAUUGUAGCAAGAAUUGAUAAGUCUUAUUAAUUCUUGAUUGUAUUGUAGGUAGUCACUGAAUAAAAGCUGUAGAUAUUGUUCCUAGUGUGUUCUCCUUUAUAAAAUGAGAGGAAAACUUGAUCCCGUUACGGUUAUUUGAGAUCUGAGAUGUUGAAAAACGCCUAAGGAUUGUCAUGAACUCGAUUGAACUCAAAUUUGGUGUUAAACGUUUUAUUUAGAUUUAAGAGAAGUGUCGGUUAAGCCUCUUGGGUGAAACAGUUAUUCCCAUGUACAGAUUGCAACAAACCUAUAAGGUAUGCGGCGGUUGUUGACAGGGAAUGAAGUCCGGUUACCGUGGAAUAUGGGAUAAAAGGAUUCAUUUUCAAUCUAGACUUGUCAAUGGGGCAGUCGAUGGAUACCCGAGGUCAUGGUUCAAUGUCGUAGUUUGCACUCGAUUGAUGGAAAAUACGGUAUUACUAUUCAAUAUACGGGGAUGUGUCGAUGAAGAAGAAAUUGAGAGAAUUUGAAAGAAUUAAGAAUGGAAUUAAUCGCUAUAACGCCUUUAAUAUUUACCAUCUUCUGUAGAAUUUUGACAUUUAAAAGAACUCUGUUGACGCAAUUCUACAUGUGACAAAGCAUUAAGCAUAAGUCGAAUUUCCUCUUACAAAUGUUAUAUUCCAAGUGGUAGUUGGUUAUAUAAAGAAUGAAUAAAAAUUAGUCUCUAUUAAUUCUUGGCAUGUCAAUAUAUAUUAAUAAAUAAAUCAAAUCUAUGAUUGACCUAAUGUAGAAUAUAGAUGUCAAUAAUUCCUCUAAACCAUAAAACUUUCUCUCUUAUCCAAUGUAGUUGGCAGACCUUAGCUUUAAUAUAGUUAGAAGUGGGUCCAUGUCAACAUCCCUUCAAACUGCUUUUGAUAAAUCUCAAGUCUAAUUAUUGCAUUUGAUGUAUUUUUAUGAGCAUAUAGGCACCAGUGUAAGAAAAAUUCAUUUUCGAUUUGAAUGUGAAUGAUUUCUGGCUUGUUUUCAACGUUGCCACAAGCUGGUCACGCCCUUGUACAUUUCCUCUGUGUAUUUGUUGAUGUAUGUAUAUAAUAGUAGUAAGUAGUAAAUAGUAGUUAGUAGUAGUAGUAGUAUGAUAACGACACCUUAUCCCUCCCAGCAAAACUGAUUGAUAUAAACACAAGCACAAAUAUUAUCGAAAAGUAUUAACUUAUGUUUCAUUCAUAUUCAAGUGUCAAUAAUUCACCAAAUAAUCAGUUCAGACGAAAAGUUAUAAGCAUCCCAAUUCCUCUAAAGCUAAAAUCCUGGUAAUAGGGAUAUCUGCUUCAAAUAAGGGGUUAUCGUGACAGUCCGUUUUCAAUGACACAUCUGAAACGGGAAAAUGAUAUUGUUGUUUGGCUGUAGCACGUAGAAGCGAAGGCAAGUUUUAUGCGGUAGUCUGGUAGACCUCGCGUGAGGUGAAACAAUCUUUAGAGAAAAGCAUCACAUUUUGAUAACCAAAGUUUUGAUAUUCAUUGGAAAUGGUGCAAAUAAAAUGUUAAAACUUAAUUGGCGAUAUGCAUAAAGACUAGUAAAUGAUCAGUCUUUACUGAAAGUCCGAGUGUAAAUGUACAUGAAGUUUUCAGAAAACGCAUGUACUAGCUAGUCUUUAUUCAUAUCACCAAGAAUAAAUAUAUGAAUUAUUGAUAUCACCCAAUAUUUUAUUUGUAUCGUAUUCAUUUCUUUAUGAUGAGCUGUAAGAUAUUCUUUGCAGUGACUAUGUGACAUAAUACUGUGUUUGGUCGUCAGAGUCUCUAUAGUUGGAACAUAUACUGGGAUCAUAAGUGCAAGUGUGAGUUAGAUGGUUCGAUGUUCAGUGUCAAGUCUGGCGAAAGAUGCUUUGAAACAAAUGAUGUUUAUUUUUCUAUUAUAAUUAUUAUAGUAAUCGCUAUAUCGACCCUAUAGACAUGCAUAUGUAUCACAGCCGGAUUAUAGGAUACAUCUUUUAAUUUCUAGACUAUUCACCAAGGUAAAAAUGCAUCAUCAUUAAAGUGUCGCUGAAGUUUAUAAUGAAAGUAUAAAUAACCGUUUUUCAUCUAAUUCAAUUUCGUAAGUGCUAAGUGUUUAACCCACCGGAGAUGUAUCAUAGACACUUCACGGUUCCAAAUGAACCAAAGUAUCACAAUACAACAUCACAGUAUUUUUGAAUUAAAAUGUUUAGAUGUAAGAUAGUUUUGUGUCAGGCCUAGUCCAAGCUGAAGUUGAUGCCGUAGUUCAACAGCUCUAACAUCCAUGAUGUCAGGGGCCAUGUACAGCAUCAAAAGCAAUAAGUCAUGCUGUAUUUAAUAAUAUUUAAUCAGAGAAUAGUGCUGUUGUCUUAGAGUUUACAAUUGCCCCUCUUAUCAUGUUAUAGAAAAGUAAUAUAUAUCAGCCAUUUCACAUCAACGCAAUGAGUAAAGGCCUUUACUGCGAAAUCUAUCAAGAGCUGUACUAAAUUGGAGAUGGAAGUACAUGACAUGUCAAACUACGGCUUCUGGUGGAUCUAGUAGUAUAAGUGCCAACUCAGUCCUAUGAAUUAAACUGCUGUUGUAUGAUGUCGCCACGUCUACUGGUGAUCACUUCAGUUUUGCUGAGAGGGACAAGGCUUUCAUUUUUGUGACUACCACCUCGCGUCGUAUAUGAAUGGAUGAGGAUUGUUAUUCACUGGUCAGAACCAACCAAGAAAAUAAAACUGCAUAUAAUCUGA